AUGGUCAGCCUCUUUGUUCCCUGGGUGAACCAACUAGAUGUUAAUACUGCUCUGCUACAAGGGGCUGCCUAUUGUCAGUUUAUGGACAUGUUGUUCCCUGGCUCCAUUGCCUUGAAGAAAGUGAAAUUCCAAGCUAAGCUAGAACAUGAAUACAUCCAGAACUUCAAAAUACUACAAGCGGGUUUUAAGAGAAUGGGUGUUGACAAAAUAAUUCCUGUGGACAAAUUAGUAAAAGGAAAGUUUCAGGACAAUUUUGAAUUCGUUCAGUGGUUCAAGAAGUUUUUUGAUGCAAACUAUGAUGGAAAAGAGUAUGACCCUGUAGCUGCCAGACAAGGUCAAGAAACUGCAGUGGCCCCCUCCCUUGUUGCUCCCACUCUGAACAAACCGAAGAAACCUCUCAGCUCUAGCAGUGCAGCUCCACAGAGGCCCAUUGCAACACGCAGAACUACUGCAACCCCUAAGGCUGGCCCGGGUGUGGUGCGGAAGAAUCCUGGUGUAGGGAAUGGAGAUGACGAGGCAGCUGAAUUGAUGCAGCAGGUCAAUGUAUAA